AGUGACGCCUUUCAGGAAUUCAACAUAACACAACAGUGCAAUGCAAUGGAAAUAUGUUCAGUGACAGAAAAAAACGUCUUUGAUGAAUACAGAGAAGAUUUUUAUUUUUAAAGAUGCACAUAGUGAACUCAAAGUUCAGAUUCCAGAGGUUGUAGAUCCGCAAUAUGGCAUGUUUACUUGGCCUGCUGCUCCCGUUCUUGCACAGUAUCUCUUUGUGAAUCGUGAUCAGGUUGAAGGAAAGACAGUCAUUGAGCUUGGAGCUGGUACUGCAUUACCAGGCAUAGUAGCAUCACUAUGUGGCGCAAAUGUCAUACUAACAGACAAGGAAGAAUUCCCAGAAUGCCUUGAAAACUGCCGUAAAAGUUGCCAUGCCAACCAACUUGAUUCCAUCCAAGUURUUGGUAUUACUUGGGGAGAGUUUUCUCCUAAUUUUUUCAGUCUUCCUAAUGCAGACAUUAUUUUGGGAUCAGAUUGUUUUUACGAUCCAAAAGAUUUUGAAGACAUUUUAGCAACUGUGUCCUUCCUUUUGAAGAAAAACCCAUCUGCCAAGUUUUUAUCAACAUACCAAGAAAGAUGCUCCAACUGGUCAAUAAAAAGUCUGAUAUCACAGUGGGACCUGAAGUGUCUUCACAUUCCUCUUGCAUCAUUUAAUGCUGAUGAGGAUCUUGUUGGAGGUCAUUCCAUGUCUAGCAAACACGACAUUCAAAUGCUAGAGAUCACCAAUGUGGAAACCCACUAAAGUUUUCAGCCAAGAUCUUGAACUUUCUUGUUGGCAU